CCACGCCAUCUUAUCUUGACGAUAACGAUAUCAAAGCCAUCUCUGUUCCUCUUCCACCGAACAUCAACAAAUCCCUACUUCCCCCACUUCCCUGAUCCCUCCCUCUUAACCUGCGCCCCCCCUCUCUCUCUCUUAACCUGCGCACCAUUCCUCCCCCUCUCAAACUCAAAACCUUGAGUAUUUUUUGUCUUUAUUUACAAUCACUACUCUUCUAGACUUCCCGUUUUCGUUUGGGUUUGGACUUCUUCUGAGAGAUGUGGGAUGCCCGAAGCUUUGAUGAAACUGUUCUCUCUCUGUUCGAAGCCCCUUGGCGUCAAUGUUUCUGCUGAUGCUGGCCGGGAAGGCAGAGAUGGUUUACUAUGGUUUCGUGAUAUCGGACGUUAUGGCUUCGGUGAUUUCUCCAUGGCCGUCAUCCAGGCCAACCAGGUUCUCGAAGACCAGAGCCAGAUCGAGUCUGGUCCUUUUGGCACUUUCGUCGGUGUCUACGAUGGCCACGGAGGCCCCGACGCCGCUCGCUACGUCUGCGAUCAUCUCUUCCGCCAUUUUCAAGAGACAUCAACGGAAUCCCAGGGUGUGACAUGUGAGACCAUUCGGAGAGCCUUUCUUCAAACUGAGGAACGGUUUACUUCACUCGUUUCUGAGCUAUGGAGUAGCAGACCGAGCAUAGCAACGGUUGGUUCAUGCUGUCUGGUUGGAGUCAUCCAUCAGCGGACUCUCUAUGUGGCAAAUGUUGGAGAUUCCCGUGUUGUACUUGGGAAGAAAGUUGGCAACACUGGAGGCAUUGCUGCUAUACAGUUAUCAACUGAACAUAAUGCCAACUUGGAGGCUGUGAGACAGGAGCUUAAACAGUUACACCCAAAUGACCCUCAAAUAGUUGUCCUUAAACAUGGAGUUUGGAGGGUAAAAGGCAUUAUUCAGGUUUCCAGAUCUAUAGGUGAUGUAUAUAUGAAACAUGCCCAGUACAACAGGGAACCUCUCAAUGGGAAAUUCAGGCUGUCUGAACCAAUGGAUAUGCCCAUCUUGACUGCCAAUCCUUCUGUUGUCUCUCUUCCUCUCCAACCAAAUGAUUCUUUCAUAAUAUUUGCAUCUGAUGGCCUUUGGGAACACUUGAGCAAUGAAAAGGCUGUGGAUAUUGUCCACAAUCAUCAACAUGCAGGAAGUGCUAAAAGGCUUAUAAAGGCUGCUCUGCAAGAAGCAGCUAGAAAAAGAGAGAUGCGAUUCUCAGAUCUUCAGAGGAUAGACAAAAAGGUUCGACGCCACUUCCAUGACGAUAUAACUGUUGUUGUUUUAUUCUUAAAUCAUGACCUUAUUUCUAAAGGAUUGGUGCAAGACUCUGCACUCUCUGUUCGAAGUGCUCUGGAACACUAAUAACUUGUUAAAAACCUAAUAUAUUCUACCUUCGAUUUUUAUCGAAACCCUGAACACCGUAUUUUUUAAUCAACUGAAGAUACCAAUGAAUUGCAAGAUUGGAAUCUGACAAAGCAGAGUUGCUGCAGAUUUUUUUCCCUCUCGUUUCUGGGUGAUAAGGAGGCUAGCCCAGUUUGAACUUUUAAGAGACCUGUAUUCUACAAUCUUUUCUGUGUAUUUGUUGAGACGGUCCGAGUAUCUAUAGUUUCGUGAUAUUUUUAUUCAAGCUUGUAAAUUGUAAUCCUUAUUUUCCAAUUGCAAGAUUUUCUUUUCAUUUUUUUUUUCCA